AAAUCCCGCGAGAACUCGCGGCCUUGUUCCCCCAACCGGCGGCCGUGGAAGGUUGGUGAGGGGAUUUUUUUUUCGGCCGAUUUUAAAAGAAGGCUCGAAGACGACGGUCCGGUUGAGCGCAAUGGCGGAUCCUAAGUACGCCAACCUGCCGGGCAUCGCCUUCAACGAGCCUGAUGUGUACGAAACGACCGACCUGCCCGAGGAUGACCAGGCCCAGUUCGAAGCGGAGCUGGAGGAACUGAACAGCGACAGUGUAGAGCGCAUCGUCGUGAAUCCCAACGCUUCUUACGACAAGUUUAAGGACAAGCGAGUUAGCACCAAGGACAUUGAUUUCUCGGAUCGAAUAAGCAAGGCCAGGAGGACUGGUUACGAGUCAGGAGAUUACGAGAUUCUGGCUGAAGGCAGUGGCGUCAAGGAGAGUCCACAGCAGAAGUACCAGCGCCUGCUGCACGAAAUGAAGGAGCUCUCCGAGGAGGUGGAACACAUCAAGAACUCGAUGAAGGAUUCCGCGGCAGAGGAGAAGCUGACCCCAGUUGCCUUGGCCAACCAGGUGGCCAGCCUCAAGCAGCACCUGGUGACCCUGCAGCUGGAGAAGGUGCUGGGCCCUGACGCCACCAUCGACCUGACAGACCCCGAGGGGGCGCUAGCCAAGCGCCUGCUGACCCAGCUGGACGUCACCAGGAGCGGGAAGGGGCCAUCCUCGUCGGCGGGUAAGGGCCGCGACACGACCGGGGACAGCAACGCGGUCACCUACGAGCUGUACUACCGGCCGGAACAGACACGGUUCACCCAGGCCGCCAAGGUAGCGGAGCUGGAGAAGCGACUGGCGGAUCUUGAGGCGGCCGUGGGCACGGACUCUGAGAGACAGAACCCACUGACUGUUGGACUGCAGGGCUCCUGCCUGAUGGGGACCCUGGAGGUUCUUCAGAGCAAAGUCAGCACCUUAGACCCGGCGACGCUCGAUCAGGUGGAAGCACGACUGCAGAGUGUCCUGGCGAAGCUGAAUGAAAUUGCUAAACACAAGGCAGCAAACGAGGAAGCAGAGACCCAGAGCAAGAUAUCCCAGCUCUACGACCUGAUCCAGAAGUGGGACACCAUGGCGAUGACGCUCCCACACGUCGUAGAGAGGCUGGUGGCCGUGAAGGACCUGCACGAGCAAGCCAUGCAGUUCGGGCAGCUCUUGACUCACCUGGACACCACUCAGCAGGUGAUGGCGAGCACAAUGAAGGGGAACACCACCCUGUUAACGCAGGUGCAGAAGACGAUGAACGACAACUUGACGGUGGUCCAGGAGAACUUUGUCAGCCUGGACACUCGAAUGAAGAAGCUGACAGCGUAAACCACCCCACCCACCCCCCCAGGGCCGUAAACUGCAUGCUGCGUACCGGUCCCGGCCAGCAACCCCGAGGAGGGGGUGUCCGCCCCACCGGAGAGGAGGGCUCACUCUCCCCUCAGUAAACCCGAGAGACAGCUGGCUUUCUGCUGAUCCUCUUGACAGUUCCGUUUAUUUAAUUACAAUCAUCCUCUUCUUUUUUUUUUAUUUUGUGUUGUCCAGUGCAUUCCCUCCCCGACGCCCUCUGCGCCUGUUGUCCGCUUACCGGGCCGUGCUUCGAAGGGGCAGGCGGGGGAAAGCGGAAACUCUCGCACGCUUGCCGCGCCAGGAUGAGCGUGAACCGGUGUGACGGUGCCCCCUCUCGCCUUCUUUCACUUGGCCGCGUAUCAAGUGCCCCCCUCACCGCCCACCCCCCCCCCCCCCCCGGUGCAGAAGGGAACCUGGGUAAAGUAUCUCGCUCUCGCUCAAUCGAUGUAGCCCCCCCCCAUUGCCUGUCACUCGGUCCAAUAAAAGGCUCUUUGCCGGACUCGU